AUGUCCGACGCUGCCCACGAUAGCGGCGGUGGUUAUGCUCCGCGAAGCCCAGACCUUUCUUCCUUCCACAACAAUGACGAUCUGGCUGUUGGCCCCACUCCUGCAUUGGUAACCGAGCGGGCACCUCAAGCGCCGUCUGGUCAACAGCUGGCUGCUCGUGGAUUUUUUGGUUCUGGAUCGCAGCACCACCAGCAGAAGCAGCAGCCAUCCACAUCACAUCCAGGGCCCCAGGAGCCAAACUUUUCGCGUCCGCAGUUGCACACUCCUGCAAACAGCACUUCGCCUUAUUUUCCAGACGGGGGCCACCAGCAGUCGCAUGCGCUUUACCAUCACCACAACGCUCACCACACUCACCACAGAAGCACCAGCCAGCACGAGUACCACACGCCGUUCACGACACCGCCACACUUCCAAUCGCAAAACUACCGACCCACAAACAACAGUAACCCCAGCCAGGCCACACCUGUCUUUGAUGUCGGUGUAGCCUAUUCACACUCUCUAACCACACAACGCGAGUACAUCCCACCCUGUGUACCUGCCCAACCGCCUUACCAACAACAGCUGCAUCAGCAGCAGCCCUCGUACUAUCAGUCUCCCACUUCCUACCGCGGCAGCUUCCAGCAGCACCACCAGCAACCCUAUCAGCCGCCUCAGCAGUUCUCUCCACAGCAGCCCCAUUACAGCACCGCUGCCGCUCAGGCGCACCAGCCUUACAGUUAUACCCCCGCUACAAGUGCCGGACCAACCCAGCAGGCCAGCCAACCUGACGAAUUCGAUCAGUCUAGUGCAAUGCCGCCCAGAAGAGCCGCUGCCGCUGCAGCAGCAGCAGCCGUUACAGCCCAAGCAAAGAACGACGCCAUGACCGACGCGUCAGGCACUCUUACAUCCACAGCAACUACGGGGACAUCAUCAAGCGCGUCGGGGAGCACCGCUAACGGCGCCAUCCAACCUGGCCCGGUGAAGACCAAGUUCCCAACGGCGCGUAUCAAGCGUAUCAUGCAGGCAGACGAGGAAGUUGGCAAGGUGGCCCAGCAAACGCCUAUCGCGGUGGGCAAGGCCUUGGAGUUGUUUAUGGUGGCUCUGGUGACUAAGAGUGCCGAGCUGGCGCGUCAACGCAACUCGAAGCGCGUAUCGGCGCAGAUGUUGAAGCAGGUGGUCGAGUCGGAUGACCAGUGGGAUUUCCUGAGGGAUAUUGUGAGCAAAGUUGAGAACGACGACAAAGAGAAGGGCGGCAGAGGCGGCGGCGGUGCUGGCGGGCGUGCCAACAAGGCCGCUGAGAGCGAGUCGGAGGAUGAGAGCGGCAUGGCCAAGAAGAAGAGGGGAGGUGGUCGUAGGAAGAAGGUCAAAGAGUGA